AUGCAUCCGCGGCGCCCGGACGGGUUCGACGGCUUGGGCUCCCGGGGCGGGGCCCGGGACGAGCCGGGCGUUGGCGGCGCCUUUCCGGCGAGGCCCUUCAGCUCCGCGUCGGACCUGAGCCGCUGGGUGACCUCUCCGCCGGACAUCCCGGGGAGCCGCAACCUGCACUGGGCCGAGGAGAGCCCGCGCCGCGGCGCGCCCGCCCCCUGCACGCCGCCCGAGGGCCCGGCGGAGGGGCCCUGCCCCGGCGGCGCGGGGCGCAGCGGCGAGCAGUUGAAUAGAUUUGCUGGAUUUGGUAUUGGACUUGCAAGUCUUUUCACAGAAAACGUGCUGGCCCAUCCCUGCAUCGUUCUGCGCCGCCAGUGUCAGGUUAACUACCAUGCUCGGCACUACCAUCUCACCCCAUUUACAGUCAUCAAUAUUAUGUACAGCUUCAACAAAACCCAGGGACCAAGGGCCCUUUGGAAAGGAAUGGGAAGUACAUUUAUUGUGCAGGGAAUCACACUUGGAGCAGAGGGGAUAAUCAGUGAAUUCACACCUUUACCAAGGGAGAUUUCACAUAAAUGGAAUCCUAAACAAAUAGGAGAACACCUUCUAUUGAAAUCCCUAACUUAUAUAGUGGCAAUGCCUUUUUAUUCAGCAAGUCUAAUUGAAACAGUACAGAGUGAGAUAAUCCGAGACGGUGCGGGGAUUCUGGAGUGUGUGAAGGAGGGAAUUGGCAGAGCGAUCGGCCUGGGCGUGCCUCACAGCAAGCGCCUGCUGCCGCUCCUGUCCUUGGUCUUCCCCACGGUGCUGCACGGGGUUCUCCAUUACGUCAUCAGCUCGGUCGUCCAGAAGGUCGUCCUGCUCGUCCUGAAGAGAAAGGCCUACGACAGCCACCUUGCCGAAAGCGCCAGCCCGGUGCAGAGCAUGCUGGAUGCCUACUUUCCAGAGCUCAUCGCCAACUUCGUGGCCAGCCUCUGCUCUGAUGUCACGCUCUACCCGCUGGAGACGGUUCUGCACCGCCUGCACGUGCAGGGAACACGCACGAUCAUCGACAACACAGACCUGGGCUACGAGGUGCUUCCGAUUAACACGCAGUACGAGGGCAUGAGAGACUGCGUCAGCACCAUACGGCAGGAGGAGGGUGCGCUCGGCUUCUACAAAGGGUUUGGUGCCGUGGUCGUCCAGUACACGCUGCACGCGGCCGUGUUGCAGAUUACCAAAAUCAUUUACUCCACACUUCUUCAGAAUAGUGCUUGAGACUCAGAGCCCUGGUUAGUCUGAAACACGUCCUCUGGAAACUUUAUUAUGAAAUUAUGAAGGACAAAAGUGAAAAACGGGGGGUUCAAAAUGGAAAAGAGCUGAAACUGGCAGGUACAGCCCACGAUGAUUAUAUUGACUCUCCACUUUUUAAAAAAGGCAUAGGUAUAUAUUUUGGAUUCAGAGUAUUCCAAAUUUGAAAACUCAGUAAAAACACUUGUAUGAAUUAAAUUCUAGCUAGGAUAGCACUAAUGCCGAACUAAGAGGAAUCUUGGGAAGAAGCAAAUAUUUGUCAGCAAACUGAAAACCAAAUUUCAGAGCUGAAUUUAUUUCAUCUGACUUUAAUAUUUAUUACACGUUUAUUUCACCUUCUGGAUUGAUAUUGGUAUGUUAUUCUUAACACAGCGUAUAGUAGCAGGAGGUCAUAGUUUACCUUUAAGCAAAUUAUGUUGUCAGUGAUAAAGACAAGAAGGAUUAGAUUUGGCAGUCUAUAAACAGAAGCUGAGAGUUAAAUCACACUGUCCCUGUAGAACGUCAAUGGCCGUUCAUUUACUAUUAUGACGCCAUUUGUAUGCAUGCACGUAACUUGGAAUUUCCUUCAUCCCUACAUGUUUUCCACUCUUAGAUCAGCUUACUGUGAAAAUGAAGUUAGGUGCUUUCUGCCUGAACAUCAGGACAAAGCGUUAAAAGCCAAGGUACCCAGAAGAUUAAAGGCAGACAGCGUGCUUGUCCAUGUCAAACCCACCGCUUCAGUGCCAUCUACUUACAUGUUUAUAAAGUUAGACUUGCUUACCGAGUUUUAUGAAUCAUCAGACUGUUUUUAGAGCCACUGUUAUUGACAGAAACAGAAAAUAAUCAUGACGACGAUUCCUAUUUCCACAUUUACAAAUUGUGUACUAAAGGGAAUGUCACUUGCCUUUCAUUUCUGAAUGACCUGUCUUAGAGAAGUCACGAUUAAAAUUUACCCAAGAAUUUGUGCCUCAUGCCUUUCAUAGAGUCAUCAUUAAGUAAUGGAUUUAAUUUUUAUUUUCUUCUAGUUUUUGUUCAUAGUUGUAUUCU